AUGGCUACCCUAAAGAGGAAAUGAUUUACAGAUGGAGAAAAAACUCAGUGGAGGCUGCUGACCAGAAAUCUUGGAGACUUUAUCAGUUUGACUUUAUGGGUCUGAGAAAUACUUCAGAAAUUGUGAAAACCUCUGCAGGUGAUUAUGUCGUCAUGACUAUAUACUUUGACUUAAGUAGAAGAAUGGGAUACUUUACUAUUCAAACAUACAUUCCCUGUAUAUUAACAGUUGUUCUUUCCUGGGUAUCCUUUUGGAUUAAAAAAGAUGCCACACCAGCAAGAACAGCAUUAGGCAUCACCACAGUAUUGACCAUGACAACUUUGAGUACCAUUGCAAGGAAGUCAUUACCCCGUGUCUCCUAUGUCACCGCUAUGGAUUUGUUUGUGACUGUAUGCUUUCUAUUUGUCUUCGCUGCUCUGAUGGAGUAUGCAACCCUCAACUACUACUCGAGUUGCAGGAAACCAAACUGUACUAAGAAGAAAAAGUCGCUACCUGAUGUCAGUUUUGGUCAUGUGAUGAAUUACUCUGUACUUGAUAUGAGACCACCAACUACAGUCAUCACAUUGAACAAUGCCAUGUAUUGGCAAGAAUUUGAAGAUGCGUGUGUCUAUGAAUGUCUGGAUGGGAAAGACUGCCAGAGCUUUUUCUGUUGUUACGAAGAGUGUAAAUCAGGUUCAUGGAGGAGAGGACGGAUUCACAUAGACAUCUUAGAACUGGACUCUUACUCUAGGGUCUUUUUUCCUACAUCCUUCCUGCUGUUUAACCUGGUCUACUGGGUUGGAUACCUCUAUCUUUAA